GAUUGAUUCUACUCGUUGUCGGCAUGAUGGCGGCCACUCUUGCGAUCCAUAUGCCAGAAGCCACUAUCCUUGCGCCCUCUCCUCCGUCCAUACACAUGGACAUAAGGGACGAAAGAUAACUGCCGAAAAUGGUGAUAGUAUCUUCGCUCCAGUUUAUUCGGAAUUUUCCAUUUAUAUCAGCGAAGUUGAGGAUGAGGCAUUUUCAAAGCAAUAUACUCCAUCGAGGCUAUGAAAAUAUCCUACUUUUCAAGAACGCCCUUCUUAAAACUGCGUCUGAUUCCAACACUAUGAAAACCAAUAGACAUCACCACUGCAGCCAUGUCUCUAAGGGUCUAGCAAUCUGCAAAACGUCCAAUGCUAGUCAUUCUAUUAUGAUUAAGACAGAGAUAAAGGAUAAUGUCAACAAUGUGGCGGAAAAUGUUGCAGAUACAGUCUGCAAAAACAACAUUGAAGGUUUGAUCUUUCUAUUAGAAUCCAUUGAAGAGAGGAUACUCUCUCGACUGUUGAAAAAUCACGCUUUUCGCGCAAUUAAGGGCAACAAGGGUCAACUACUUCACAAAAGCAAGCUUGCUUACCUUAUUUUGGGCAUAAUGACCUGCAAGAACCUCAUCGCAAGAAAGGAAAUGCAAAUUGGGAUAUACCUAAAGGCUGAAUUUAAGGUAAACGAGCCAGGUGCUGAGAACGCGGUGGGAAUAGAAUGGAAUUCAGGUAACACAAUCACGGCUAAAGAUGAGAUCAUUGUCGGAUAUAAGCCACUUGAACUCGACGGAGGACCUGGCGAGCCAAAGACAAGCAAAUUUCGUCAUGGUGCGAGUCAUACAACUCUGAACAGCUGGGAUGUUAGAUACAAUGCAGCUUAUUUUCAGCCAGACAUUAAGUGGAUUCGGCAUGCACAUGAAGCAACUGCAUGA